CUCUGCAUCAUUCUCCCCUCUUCCUCCCCUCGUCCUUGCAUUCUCUUUAGAUUCUUCCACUUGUCAAAUCAGGACCCUUCAAUUAAAAACGAAGUGGUCCCAAAGAGAAUAGAAUCCAGACUAGAUCACCACUCCCCAUCCAAUCACAUCUAUUUCUCUUUCCUCUUCCGUCCAGCUCGAUUCACAAUUCAAGAUUCAAUAUGUCACCCUCCCUCCAAACCACCACCACCACUACGAAGACCCUCGACCUCGCCUCCAAACGCCGACGCUUCCAACCCCCGAUCACCAAUUACUUCACCACCACCCCCUCCUCCUCCAUCCCCAUCCCUACAGACAAUACCACCACCACUACCCGCUCCCACCACCUCUCCUACAACCACUACUCCGCCGCAACCUGCUCCCCCACCCCCAUCGUCCCAACCAGAGUCCAAGCCUCCCUUCUCUCCGUCGGCAUGCGCGUCCGCAAAUCCGUCGCAGAGGGCUACAAGACCAAUCUCGCCAAGCCCGAGUCCGAUCCCGCCUUCUGCCGCAACCUCCUCACCGACGACGAAGGCGAUGCUUUCUCCCUUCCCGCAAGCAGCCAGGACUCAGAGGCACAUGCUGGCGGGCACAAACGAGCCUAUGAUCUAGACGACAUUGAUGGGGACAGCGACGAGGAGGGUUGUGCGCAACAUCCCAUUAUGCAGAACGGGACCAUUCUCGGCCGGACGAUCCUCGCCCCGAGGUCGAAUCAGCAGCGGAGACGGUUCGUGGCGUUGAAGAGAUAUGCUACUACGGGGAGUAUGGAUAUUGAUGAUUUCGAGGAGCCUGUGUUUUUGAGGAGUCGGGAGGAGGUCGAUAUGGAUUAUGUGGGUGUCAGGGGUGCGGGGGAGAUUGAGAUGGGCGGGGUUUGAUUUUAGGGGAUGUUACAUGUGGGAAAGGUUGAAAUUGUUCUUGGUCUUUGAUUCCUUGUUUGUUUCUGUGGUGUUGUUUUAGCAGGCAUUGGUUGGGUUGGGACGGAAUGGUUUCAUUAUCUUUUGUGUGUGUCUUGUUUACUUGUUGGGUUCGAGGGUCAUGGGCUGGCUCUGUGACUGACUGACUGAGUGCUACGGUUAUGUGUUGGGGGGCAAAAAUGAUGAUGCAUGCAUGCAUAUUGGCCCUUUUCCUCCGGUUGCUGUUUCUGCUCUUCAAGGCGUGUCUUGUUUUGUGUUUCUUUUUUCUUUGCAUAUCCUUACUGGGCCCUGUUGGCUUCGCAUUUGUGUUUGUUGUCGAGCAUACUAUCCUGUACAUAAUACCCGAUUGCGCUGAUGCUGUGUAGUUUAGAUAUGGGCAUGCAGCAUAUUAUUCCUGCAUGAAAUAAUGAUUGAAGCCUUACACAAG